CCAUCAACCAUUAACGAAUCUAACACACAAGACACAAGGCCAAGGAUACCACUUUCUCUGUGCAAGAGCAACACCACGUGUCAAUACCCCAUCACCUUUUCGAUCCCUGUAAUGGCAAGCGGAAAAUCUGGAAUCCCCACUCACCCAACCACGUACUAUAAACUUCCUCUUUCCUCUCAAUGGCUCUCCUUUGCCUUUUCCUAUGCUAAGGUUUUAACCUCUAAUCCUAUCCUCCUUUCACAUACAUUGAUCAAAGAUAAGAAUUUUCUUUGAAUUCCUUUUGUUUUAGGAUAUUUUUUAAUUGGGCUUCAUUCUUGAAUCUUGAUUGAAAGGAAAUUUUCAGGAAUGCUUUUAAUUACUUAAAGAAUACAAGACUUUUGGAAAGCUGUAGUUUUUUUCUGGUUAGAGAAGAACUAGAUUAGGGUUCAUAAUUUGAAAAAAUUUUCUUGGAUCCAGUGCUUGGCUUGCACCAGUUGGUGACAGCUACUUUUUGCUGUCUGGGACCUUGGGAUUUAAUGUAAAAUGGCUUGUCUUUGAGCUAUGGGUGUGCCCAGCUAAUUGCAGUUGUUUCUGUUUAUAAAUUUUAUGCUUACAAUAAUUUUUAGAUUUUGGAGUUGAGAAUGGAUUAAACUUGGGAAAUGGCUUCAGGGACUGAUGUUUCACCUCAGAUACCAAGAUGGGAUAUUGGAUGUGCCCCUAAUAAUGACAGUUUGCCUGUCAUGGAGGAUGAAAAUGGUGAUAGUAGUGAAAAUUUGACACAAUCCAGAAAAGGAAAACCUCCAAGAAACGUUUCUUACAUGAGGCAUUGUAGCAGCAGUGCUUUUUUUAUUGAUUCUGAAUUUGAUGUUGGAAUUAUUGGCUUGAAGUCACCAUCAACUGAGAAUUCUGGAUUUCUGCCUGUAUUUCGCUCUGGAAGCUGUUCGGAGAAAGGACCAAAGCAGUACAUGGAGGAUGAGUACAUAUGUGUGGACAAUCUGAAUCAACAUCUUGUUGCAGUUAAAACUCCUGCACCUGGAGCAUUUUAUGGGGUGUUUGAUGGACAUGGUGGUAUUGAUGCAGCAACGUUUACAAGAAAGAACCUUCUUAAUUUUAUCGUCGAAGACUCCCAGUUUCAGUGUGGCACAAAAAAGGCGAUUAAGAGUGCCUUCCGGAGGAUUGAUCAUGCACUUGCUGAUGCUAAUUCUAUCGAUAGUUCCUCUGGCACUACUGCUUUAGCUGCCCUUAUCAUGGGAAGGACCAUGGUCGUUGCUAAUGCUGGUGACUCUAGAGCUGUGAUGGGCAAACGAGGAAGAGCAGUCGAGCUAUCAAAAGACCACAAACCUAACUGCACCUCGGAGCGACUAAGAAUUGAGAGACUAGGAGGAGUUAUAUAUGAUGGUUACCUUAACGGUCAAUUAUCUGUGGCUCGUGCUCUUGGAGAUUGGCACAUUAAAGGUCCUAAAGGUUCGAAAAGCCCCUUAAGCGCUGAGCCAGAGUUAGAGGAAAUUAACCUAACAGAAGAAGAUGAGUUUUUGAUAAUUGGCUGUGAUGGCUUGUGGGAUGUAAUGAGCAGUCAAUGUGCAGUUACAAUGGUGAGGAAGGAACUUGUAAUCCAUAAUGAUCCUGAGAGAUGCUCAAAAGCACUCGUCAAGGAGGCGCUCCAGCGCAACUCGUGUGAUAAUCUGACUGUUGUUGUAGUCUGUUUCUCUCCUGAUCCACCUCCUAAAAUUGAAAUGCCUAGGUCCCAUAAAAGGAGAAGUAUAUCAGCUGAAGGGCUCGAUCGUCUACAGGACAUCUUGGAUAAUGGUGUGUGAACAAGAAAAAAAAAAAGAAUAGGAACUGCUUAUAUCUUGUAUAAGUAAAAAAAAUAACAUAGAAUAUCUGAACUUCCAUUUUUGCCGAGGGACCUUUCAAAGUCGAUUCUGCUAGCUUGCUACCUACUGAAAAUGCUGAUUUCUUCAACAUAAACAUCCUGUAUAUUUUUGACGUACCUUUGUGUGAGAACCAAAAUUGCGGAAGCUUUAAUUAGUAUCUUUAAUUUGUUUUCUUCAUUAUUUCUUUUGUAGUACUGAUCAAGUUCUUGGUGUAAUUUGUUUUGGGCUCUUGAGUUGUGUUUCUCAAGAAACAAAUGUCCACUACAAAUAAUUUAUGAGCAACCAAUUUUGUAACUAGAAUCCGUCAGUAGAAAAAAGUUUAAACGAAGAAACUGUACUUUUGAUAUGUGAUA